GAAUGUGUGGAAGGUCUACAUGGUUGUGAUCCGAACGCCAUAUGUGAUUACACUGUGGGUUCUUACAACUGCACAUGCAGACCAGGAUUACUUGGAGAUGGAAGAAACAGCUGCAUAAGUACAAGUAAGGAUCUAAACCACUUUGUGUGGAGACGUUGUCAGAGGGAUAAGCUAGAAAUUACCGCGUACGAUUGUACAUUUUGACUACUACACUAGUUGAGUAUUUCUUUUUCAAAAUUAUUACAACAAUCAUCAUUUUAUCGCUUAUUACUGAUAUUGUCACACCUACUUAUCUAAAACCAAUUAGGAUGCGUUUCGUUUCUGGUCAAGGAAUUCUAGAAUUAAAAGAAACUCAAGGAAAAACAACAAGUGGGAAAUGGCGACUGCCUCCCCCUAUCAUGUGCAUUUCUAGUCCGAAAGAAUAUUUAAGAGCAGCAUCUUAACAAUUAUUACCAAAUAUUCUUUGACUGGCUGUGUUCAAUCACUUAACUCAUAUUCGUGGGAAGAUUGUGCCUUUCAUUUAGGAAAAAGCCACAUUUCCUUAUUUAGGUCAUUCUUGUGAGGAAAUUCUGAACGCAAGUUCCCACCUUAAAUACGGGGAGUCUGGAUCGGUCUUAAGAAGAACGGAAACCUUUUAAAGGUCUACUGUGAGAUGACAACCAAAGGAGGUAACGAAUGGAUGUUUAAGAAAAACUAAUAACGAGAACGGCGGUUUUGUUUUACUUCUGUACAAACUGUCCUAAUAAAUGCAAUGCAAUAUUAUUUUGCUUAAUCAAAAAUUUCAUUUCAUUUCUUUUUCCAGGAGGUUGGCUUCUGGUCUCUAGCGUUGUCGUCGGUAACCUAUCCUUGCUCUAUACCGCUCAGGGUAGCCUCUUCAGAUGCAAAAACCUGUCUGU